AAUGUGGGCGGUCCUCAAAAGGGUGUGGGGGUCCGGGUGUGUGUGUGUGUGUGUACGUUUAGGGUUCGACUACGUAGCCAGCCAGCCAACAUGAACAGAGGAAGCAGGGGUCAAAGGAGCGGCAGACAGUCACGUAGUUGUAGAUUUGAGUAGCAGAGAGAAUGGAGCGACGCCCGUUCAUCGUGAUAGCACUGGAAGUGGUCUUAGGUGCCCUCGCAAUCAUGGUAGGUCCUGUUGGAGCAUUGGGAAUGGCAGCAGUGGCUCUCGGCAUCUUCAAGAAUACAUCCAUCUAUUUCUUUAGUUACAGCAGUCUAACUGUAGAAGAUAUUUCGGACCAUGAACUCCGUCUUAAAGUUUAUUCUGCCACUGGUACUACAAUUGCAGUUUGUGCACUUGAGAUAAUAGUUAAAGGGGCACUUGUCUUUCUUCAAUUCUUGACCAUCACAAAAAAUGGAGUUAAUUCGAAGACGAAAAUACUGCGUCUUGUGGAUAUAGUUGUCAGUUUCCUUAUGGCAGGAGGUCUCAUUGUCUGUGGAGUUCUGCUGACUGUCUAUGGCAAGGAGAGCGUGUGGCGUGAUCCUAUUAACAGGGUUAGCGCUGAUACAACUGGCAUAUUCAUCAGACAGGCCAUGACUACUGCUGGGGUAUUCUGUUUCAUGGGCACGGCUCUGUUUAUCUUGGUGGCUGUUCUGAUGCUGGUGUUCCUCGUAAAGGAUUGGAAGAGAAGAGAGAUCAGGACAAACUCAGCCAGUAGACAGGGAAAUACGGCCGAACGAGAAACCACUGGCAAUGAGCAAGGCACCAAUCAGACUCAGAUUUAA